ACACAAGAUCGAACCCUGGGCUAGCAUUGCAGACGAGAGAAUCAUUGACAUUAACUCCCAUAUUAUGAAAAAAAUGUGUUAGUUGUUAAGUAGUGUAAGUUUAGUUAAAAAAAAAAAAAAAAAAAAUGGGCACCGUGCUUAGUUUUUCACCGCGCGAGCGACGUCCCGUGUAUGCAUCGAGUACAACGGGCGAUUUCACAUUAAAUAACUUUUCCUACGAACAAUUGAAUAACGUGAAAAAUCGCGAUUCGAAAAGUAACUGCAGUGUAACAAAUUCCAACAACCACAAUUUGUGCAACAAUAUUAAUAAUAAUGAAAACGCGAGGAUUAUAUCGGAAAAAAACGCCUUGGAAAAAAAUUUAAGAAAACAUUCCUUGUUCAUAAACGCGCUAUCCUGGAAGCGAUUCUCCACGACAAACAACAACAAAAAGAAACUAGACAACAACAAAAACAAGAACAUAACAGUGUUCAGACAACCUCUUGUCGAUAAUGUUCAUCCGGUUAUAGACAAAAACAAAAAUAUCCAUCAAAACAAACAUGGCUCGUAUUAUUCGAAUUCGAAGAGCACGUCAGCUUUAGCCUUAGACAUUGUUAGAGUGAAUAACGCAAAUAACAAUACUAAUAAUCAUUUACACUGCGAGAAAGUCGUUAAUAAACAAGUUAUAUUAAACCAGAGUUCGAUCAACUCGCAAAAUCAGGUUGUUCCCGUUGCUGCACCCAAAAAGACUGUCAUCCAAGCUUCCACCUCUGAAUUAUUGAAGUGUUUGGGGAUGUUCCUACACGCCAAAUGCUACAAAUUGAGAGAUUUUCAAGCUGGAGAUGCCGUCAUGUGGCUAAGAACUGUUGAUAGAAGUUUAUUGUUGCAAGGAUGGCAGGAUGUGGCUUUUAUCAAUCCAGCCAACGUAGUUUUCGUCUAUAUGCUGGUUCGAGAUCUAGUGAAAUCUGACAUAGAAUGCGAACAGGAUCUUCAAGCUGUUGUUCUCACUUGUCUUUACCUCUCCUAUUCUUAUAUGGGAAACGAGAUAUCGUACCCUCUGAAACCGUUCUUAGUGGAAGACUCUAAAGAAAAAUUUUGGGACAGAUGCCUCGAUAUCGUCGAUAGGCUUUCCUCCAGCAUGCUGAGAAUCAACGCAGAACCGGGAUACUUCACCGAAAUAUUUACGGAAUUGAAAGCUUGCGGUAUUGGUAAUAUUGUAGCUAACAAUAUGGCUGCUGUGGGUAGUCAAACUGUACCCGUAUCUGUAGUUUCGUGUAAUUCUGGUGCAACAACGCCAGCUUGACGUAAGGAAAUUACAAUAGUGAAAUUGAGUUUGGCUGAUUUACCAACAGUACCAUGUGAAGUUUGAAUAAAUAUUUUGUAUCUUCCAAAUGUUACUGUAGUUAGAUGGAAUUUGACAAAUCUGUCAUACGGUGAGGCCAAAUUUUUAGAUAAAAAACCCGUCGUCGAAAUCGGGAUAAUACCGGUUGUAGUUUUAGUAGAGAUUUUUGAGGAACUUUGAAGAACGAUUCUUUUCUAAAGUUCUUUGGGAACUAAGUUCAAUUACUAAGUAAUUUAUGAAAUUGAUAAUUUUAAGUCUUAAAUUAAAUUUACAAACUUGGGAUGAACCUAAUGAUUUCAAAACUUUUCGUAAAUAGUAAAUUUAAUUCCAGAUAGAAUAUAUUUAUAGACAAAAGGUGCGUACCUGUUUGAUCGAUCUGUCAAAUUCUCGAUUGAAUCGUGGUACCUAAUUAUUUUCGUUAAUAUUUUUCUCGAAGACGUAGAAAUGAAAUUUAUCUCUUCUUGUAAAAUAAAUACAUAUAAUAUAGAGAUAUCCUUUCUAUAACUGAUUUUAUAGAAAACGUUUAUCCUUAUUCACAGAUCGAUGAAUGAAUAUUUCGUAACCUUGAAAUACUUUUUGCUUUGUUGAAGGAGUAAUUAUAUUUUGUCCUUGAAUAAAUUUCACCGUCUUGAUUAUAUAUUAUAUAAGACCGUUGGAAAUGGGUCGUUUUUCGUUAUCGAGAAAAAUCCAAUGGAUCUGCGGAAAAAAAAAACUGGCGACCCGAAAUUAAUCAUAUAUUUCACGCAAACCGCACAUUAAUUAAUAUGAUGAUUCAUCGAUUAAAUUAAUAACCAGUUUUUUAAAUUGAAGUAGAUAAUAAUUGAUGAGUUGGUAAAUUUAAAUUCCACGUUUUUUUAUUAUGCAUUCAAAACGGAAAGCUAUAGAUACAUAUUUUACAAUAGUCCACAUAAUAUUUGAUUAAGUUAAGUUUGAAUUAUAAGACCUUUGACCCACCAAAGCAAUGUAACAACAAAAUUCCAUAUGACACAAACGUGUAAUUGUUCCACCAUAACCACGAUGUUUUUUACAUUCAAUUUAGUGGACAAUGCCACUCCAAUGUUUCCAGAUGUCAAACAAACUAUUUCUAUAUUUCGAUCUUCACCAAAAUAUGCUUUGGCUGAAGUAGCUAUCCAAUAUCAGAUGUUAAAUUUAAAAAUAAAAAACUGCAUUGAAAUGAAGAAAGAAAAAAAUAAAUUCAAAAAAAGUUCAACAGAUCCUGUAAUCAAUUCGGUUACAAAAAAUCGAAACUUGAAAGAUAUUUUUAAUGUGCAAUAAGCGGAUAUUCAAAGGAUAUAAACGUAGGAAACACCCUCUGGUGACAUCGUGUUACUGAUGCUCUGUUUUGAUAGGACAACGAUCUAAUUGGAUUUUCCUAAAUUGGGUCUACUCCCCAUUUGCUUUUUGCUGUCAGUAAGGAGUCUACUGACGCUGAACAUUUUCACAAAAUAUAAUUACUACAAUUUUAAUAGUUGAAAAUAAUUUGUACUAAUCAUAUUUGAAAUUCUCGAAUUACGUUAAAGCAAAUGGUUUGAUUGUCAUUACAUUCGUUUGUUUAUAUCUAGCAAUAUAGAAAAAUUUAGUAUACAGUAGAACCUCGAUAAGAUAAAGACCAAGUUAAACGUUAAAUCAUUUGGGGUUUUUACAUACUAAGGAUUUAAGUAAGGAAUUAAUUUACAGAGCUUUGUUUAGAACUAGGUUAAAUACAAAUGAAACUCUGAAAUCUUAUAAGUUUAUUUUAUUAUAAAUAAAAAAGUUUGUUUCGAACAAUUCACCCUUUCUACAUCCAUUUUAUUUUCAAUCUUAAAUAAAGAAGAAAAAUCAUUGAUUCCAUGAUGUACAAGCUUCUUGAAACCUUUCAAUCAACCAUUGCUAGAUUCAAAAUUAUGGAUUCGUAGUGACUUUUUCCGUCCAUAUGGGUCAGCAACACUGUUUAAACCAUAUAAAAAAACGUUGUUCUAAAUCAGGGCAUCCAGUCUUUUACAUAAAAGACUUUCUCCCGAUUUUUGUUUCUUCAAUAAUUUUAACUUUGUUUGUAAUACGUGUAUUCCAAACUUUACUGCAACGUCUUUUUCUCUUUAAGCCAUUUUUCACAUCUUCUCAGCAUAUAUAAGUGCUUCAAUUGGUAAAAACUUUUUUUGUUUGCAAUUUCAUUCGAAAUUUUUGUGAAUUGACAGAGGUUAUUACGUUAUCGAGGUUUUAAUUUAUUUAUUUAUAAGUAAAAGGUAUCGAUAGUGAAAUAAAUUAUAUGUUAUGGAAGUGUUUUAACUUCGUAUGUUCGUCGAGUUAAUUAUAAAUUACUAAACAGUUUUUGAGUUUGAAAAUAAAUAAAGGCAAAUAUUACAUUAAUGAAAUAUAAACUGUAAUAUUUCUAUUAGAAAUCUAAUAAUCGUAAUCCAUGUAUUAUUUGUGAAUUAUUUAUUGGCUGGAUAUAAUAUUGAACUUGAGAUAUGACGUAAAUGUGUUCAUGAUUGUACAGAUUGUUUUAAAUUGAUGGAAUACUUGUUAUUUUUGAUUUAUUUUCCGUGAAAAUUGUGUGAAAUGAACAGUAUUAACGCGGUUAUUAUAGUAAUGUACGUGGUAGACAAGUGAUAUUAUUAAAAAAAAAAGAGUUUUUGUAAAUUGAUAAUAUAUAUAUAUAUAUAUAUAUACAUAUUAACGACCAUUCGUUUUCAGAUGAGUAUUGUGUGAAAUGAUUAUUGUAAAUUAAGCUGAGCCAGAUUAUAAUAUUACGUAUACACGAUAAUUUAGAAAUUUCUUUUUCUCUUUGAAAUGUCCAUCUUUCGACAAAUACAGAAACUAUGUAAAUUUCCGCCUUGAUAAGUUACAGUAUCUUAUAUUUUAGUUUUCAAGAUGUAACUGCUUCAUUUAAAAAUCGCCGAUGGAAGAACUGCGUUAUAAGUCGCAGAAAGUAAAUUUCUAACUGAUGGUGUAUCAUUUUUUACUGAAUUAAACCGAAAAUUCAGUAAAUAGGGAAUAUGCACGUAUUUUUUUUAUAUUUUCGAUCAACUUUUUACUAUAACUCUAUAGAUAAUAUAAUUUAUUCUGUCAAAGAAGUCAAAAUAAUUUUUAAAAUAAAAGUAUCUGUUGAGUUUGGCUUGUUUGUCCAGUAUUUGUUUACUUCAAGUGUGACUUUAUACAUAUUUAAUGUUAUGAUAUCUCUAAAAGUCACGGAAAAAGUGAAAUUUAUCGUCAGAAGAAUAAUCAGAAUGUAAAAACACUUUGGGAUCACAAAAAUAAACAGGAAUUUUCUUCAAAUGUCAUCUGACCUCACGACAAAUGAUUUUGCGUUUAUAAAAUUUAAAUUUCGCUCGCUUAUUUUGAGAUUUUCCUCAUUUUAUACAAUGGAGAAAAAAUUAAAUGAUGGUUUUAAAUUAUCAAGUAUAUUUAAACCACAUGCAUAUUCCGUAUUGUUAUUUUUUUGAAUUUUGAUACGUACCAAUAGAGACACGUUUUUUGAAUAAUUGAAUACUUUCACUUUUUAAAUUAUUGAAUCGUAUUCUACCCUACGGCAUUCAUGUAUUUUUUUCUACUAAAUAUUUUUACAAAUCUUGGAUUUAUAGUUUGAUACAGUUUUCAUUUUCCAAAAUUUGCUAUAACCGCAAUAUAUUGAUUUUUUUUAUAUUCCAGUCCUCCCUAUCAAAUUUUUCGUUUCGACCCAUGAAUUUCCCUUUUUUAAAAAUUUUCCUUGCGUGUUAUCUAGUCUUAUAUUUUUUUGAGAAUUUUACUUUCCUUAAUUUUUUAGUGGUUUCCUCCGUACGGAUUCUUGUUUCGAUUCAAAUUUUAAAUCUUCUCUUAUAAUCGAAUUUCCUUUCAUUGGUCUAAGUUAUUUCAUCUCUUCUGCAUCAAUUUUAUUUUUGUUUCUUUCCGUCAUUACGCAAGAUUCACAGCCGUAUGUGAAAAUUGCUUUGAACACUUUCAGUUUGGUUCCUUUAGAGAUUUUUUUUAUCCUUAUUAUUAAUUCUAAAUCCCCUUUCUUCCAACACAAUUCCCAACUGGUUCCUCCUCAAUCCUGAUUUCGAUUUUUCGGUUCGCCAAUACCUUAACUUUAGUUUUCACAUCGUUUUCUGUCAAUAUUUGGUUCCAGUUGAUCAAAUUUUCUUGUAAUACUUCUAAUACUUCAAAAUAAUUUUCUUUUUUGUUGUUUUCCCGAUUAACUCUUAUAAUUAGAUAUACAGGAUGAUUCUAAAUUCACGAGGAAAAUUACAGAAUUUCAAGUUUCUAAGAUUACUGAAAUUUUAGACAAAAAAUAAAAACUCAAUUCUAGUUACCACCUUUUAAAGGUGAUAUCUCGUAAAGGAGUGAGGUCAGAAAAUUUUGUUAAAGGGCAUGUAUCAACUCGUGCACUUUGUCGAAUGAAUUUAGAAACACCCUGUAUAUCUGACAAAAAUAUUCACGUAUAUUCGACAUUUUUUUAUAAUAAACUAAAUGCCGAUGGAUAUUUUCAUACUUUUUUUUUAAUAAUUUGUUAUAGCGAUAAAUCUCGAUGUAAAUUUAAUGGAAAAUGGACGUUAGAGGUAAAUGAAAUGUUUUUUCUAUUAUAAAUUAAAAAAAAAAAACUGUAGAUAUUAUCGUAUAAGUAGUUAUAAAAUCGGUCGGGGUGUGUGCAAUUUUAAAUAUUUCUUCCAAGUUACGAAAAGAAAUUAUUAAUUUAUAUGAUAGAAACAGUAAUUUCUAUAAAAAUCGAUUUAGAAAAAUUAGAUUGUAAAAAUGAUUUAGAUGAAUACGAAGUUAUUUCUUUCAAGAAAUGUAUUGAAACUUCGUGAGGUUUAUUAGAUGCGUGAUAAACUAGGAAUUAAUUAAAUGAAAAAUGAGAUUAAAUAUAAAUAAAAUUAGAUACAUUUUUCGAAAAGUUUUUAGAUAACGUCAUGAAAUGGUAAGAACUUAACAUAAAAAUGAAGAAAUACGAUAAGUUUGAAUGAUAAUGUUUAUUAAUUGUACAGUAAUUAUUAUUCUUUCGUAACUUGGAAAUAAUUAAUAAUAAGUUUACAAAAAAAAAAAACGAAGUAAGUCGAUUAGUUUAGGAAAUCCGAGGAGUAGUAAUAAAGCUCUCUAAAUUGUAAAUCGGUUUUAACUUAUUGAAAAUACGUUUUUCGAUAAAGAAAAAUCUACCGUAGAAUAAUAUUUAGAUAGUGAUAAGCUAUUCAUUUGUUACAAGAAGCAUUCAACAUACUUUAUUACGAUAUAAUACAGAAAGAAAAUAUUGGUAGCGGAAAAGCUUUAAAUCUAAUAUUUUUUAAGAAAUCAGGUGUAAUUUUCUUUUGAAAAUUAUGUCUUAAAACAGAUUUUCGACGUCUCGCGUAUAUCUACUGUCAAAUGUCUAAUGUCAAAUAUGAUUUGACAUUAAUCAUAUUUGAAAGUGUUUUAAUGGAUUUUUGGAAAAAUAAGCUUAUCCUCAAAACAACGAUGACAACAUUUUCUAUUAUAUGAAAUUCAUCACAAAUUCCAUACUUUACAACUCUGUAAAUGUAUUAAAAAUAAAUAAAUCGUUGCAACUGGUUUCUCUGACCUCGACGUGGUACUGAAUUUACUUAAUUUGUUACUUACAACUUCGAAAACAAAUAAAAUUCUAGAAUUAUAACAUAAAAGUCCCGCUUCACGUGGAAUAAAACAACAAGUCAAAAUAUAAUGGAAGUUGUUUGAUUGUAGAUACAAUGCGUGGCAGCAACUAACCGAAGUUGAAAUUGAAUGCAUUUCAAAACAAAAAUCAACAAAAUGGUAAAUUUAUCAUAGAAGAUGAAGCGUUCCAGUCGGUCUGAUUGAUCUGACAUUUCGUUGGUUGUUAAAUCAAAAGGAACUAGAUGUUUUUUCAUUUAUCUAUUUAUCUUCUUCUUCUUCUAUGUAUAGAAGAUUUUUGAACUUUUAUCCAGCUGGACAUUUAUUCAACUUGUCGCCUCACCUAUACAUUCCAUCGUCCAUAUCAAACCUCUAGCGUCGUUUUUGUUGAAUUUAGUAACAUAAUUUUCUAGAAAACAGUAUUUGAGCUGAAUUUCGAUUUGAAAUGGUUUUAUUUACGUUUACCCCCCGAAGAAGGAGUAUAUAUUAUGUUGAAUGCUUAUAUAAAUAAUUGUUUAACGUUUUCUUUUUUGUUAGCGUUCCAUUUGUUGUUAGCCACAUUUUGUGGUGUGACGUUUGAGAUUGCCAUGUUGAUUUUUAGCAAUUUAUUUUGUACAGGAUGUCCACUUUCAAACUAAUAUUUAGAAUCAUCUAAUUUUCAUCAUAUUAAUACGUUAACUUUUUUAUAGAUUUCAUUUUCAUCGAUAUACGAUAAUGAAAAAAUGGAAAUAAUCACUAUUUUCUUUUGAAAAAAGAAAAUUUAUUAAGAUAAAUAUGAGAACCACAAGUAACUACGAAAAUAAAAUUCAAUUUCCGUGGUUCAAAUGAUAUUUUUUCAAGUAAUUUUCUAUCAAUAUAAAAAUUUUUUGAACUAUUGAUAUCUGUGUAAUUUUGCAUUCAAGAGUUGGGAGUAAUAAUGACCAUCCUGUAUAUACAAUUUUCGAUAUGUUAUUUGUUUUUUGUUCACUCAAAGUAAUUGUUUUUUUUUACUAAAUUUUGGUAUGAUGUGAAAUUUGUCUAGUGAUUUUUGAUUGAUCCUCGUUGAUAAUAAAUAUAGAUCUGA